AUGAAGCUCGAAUAUCGAGAGAUUGAAGAGCAUGCCAUGAUUCGCUUCAAGGUAGGGUUGAACAAAGAGAUUUCUUCGAAGAUGACCAUUCAUAGGUUUGCUACUUUGAAUGAUGUCUUUGAGGCAGCCCAUGAGAUAGAAUUGAAAUUCAAGGAGGAGAAAGUGUCUAAGUAUAAGACUUCAUCUUCCAAUUCUUGGAGCAAGAAACAAAGGGGGAGCUCAAACACAUCAUCGGGUUGGAACAAGGGUUCAAAUGUCAAGAAACCUUAUGAGAAGAAUCCCUUCGAAGGAAACACUCUAAAGUACCCACCUAGAGACAAAGGUAUCACUGACCCAACCAAGUUCCCUCAAGGUAUUCAAUGUCACAAGUGUAGGGGAUGGGGUCAUAUAAUGCGUAAGUGUCCCAAUCGAUUGAAUUCUCUAAUGCAAGGAGGGGAGAUUUAUUUAAGUGCUGAGGAAGAGCCAACAGGUGAAUGUGAAGAAGAUCCUCAAGAAGAGGAUGAGUUCGAAGGUGGAGAAGACGAGGAACCAUAUCUUUGUGUCAAAGAAGGAGAGAGUGUUGUUCCUCUAUAUGUGGUGAGGCGAGCAAUGAUUAGUAAAGCUUUGGAUGAUCUGAGCCAAAGAGAGAAUCUAUUUCACUCCAAAUGCUUCAUCAAGGACAGUGUGUGUUCCUUAAUCAUUGAUAGUGGAAGUUGUACCAAUGUUGCUAGCACUACGUUAGUGGAAUUCUUGAAACUUCCUACCACUAAGCAUGCUACACCUUACAAACUUCAAUGGUUGAGUGAGUGUAGAGAAUUGAGAGUACAUCUCCAAGUGAUGAUCAAGUUUAAGAUUGGGAAGUAUCAAGAAGAGGUUCUAUGUGAUGUGGUCCCAAUGCAAGCUUGUCAUGUGCUACUCGGGAGGCCGUGGCAACAUGAUCGUUCAACCAAACAUGAUGGGAGGACCAACAAGUAUUCACUUGUAUUGAAUGAUCGUAAGUAUGUCCUUCACCCUGUGUCACCCUCUCAAGUCAAUGAUGUAUAUCAAAGGAUGAGUGAGUCAAGGGAGAAGAAGAGGUGUGAAGAGGAACAGGAGGAGGCCGAGAGCCAAGAGGAGGAGGAGAGGAGGAAGUUGAAAGGAAAGGCCCAAGUAUUGUUGGCUAAUUACAAGGAGAUAAGGGAGGAAAUCGAGUCCGAAAGUUCGUUGAUCCUUAUCACACAUAGGAAUCAUGUGCUACAAACUAACCAAUCUCAUUCUUCUCUUCCCAAUUCUAUUUCCUUUAUUUUGCAGGAUUAUGAGGAUGUCUUCCCAGAGGAGCUUCCAAGUGGAUUGCCCCCUCUUAGGGGAAUUGAGCACCAAAUUGAUUUUGUGCCGAGAUCACAAUUGCCAAACAAGCCGUCUUAUCGAAGCAAUCCGGAGGACACCAAGGAGCUACAAAGGCAAGUUGAGGAACUCCUCAACAAAGGUUAUGUGAAGGAGAGCAUGAGUCCAUGUGCCGUGCCGGUUCUAUUUGUUCCAAAGAAAGAUGGAACAUGGCGCAUGUGUGUUGAUUGUCGAGCCGUCAACAAAAUUACAGUAAAGUAUUGUCAUAUUAUUCCUAGGUUAGAUGAUAUGCUUGAUGAAUUGAAUGGCUCUUGUGUGUUUUCAAAGAUUGUUCUUAGGAGUGGUUAUCAUCAAAUCCGGAUGAACCCUGGUGAUGAAUGGAAAACCACAUUAAGACCAAGGAAAUUUGUGGUUGUCUAUUUUGAUGAUAUCUUGAUUUAUAGCAAGACCAUGCAUGAUCAUGUUGAGCAUUUGAGAUGUGUGUUUGAUGUGCUUAGGAAGGAACAGCUUUAUGCUAAUCUUGAUAAGUGUUCAUUUUAUGUUGAUGAAGUUGUCUUCUUGGGUUUUAAUGUGAGUUCAAGAGGGGUUGAAGUUGACGAGUCUAAAAUUGAGGCUAUUAAGAAUUGGCCGAUUCUGAAAUCCAUAAGUGAUGUUAGAAGCUUUCAUGGGUUGGCUAGUUUUUAUAGAUGA